UUGAAUAAUUACUCAUACAUUUUUUUGAUAAAUUAUUUUUUAAUGCUUGUAUAUUAUUAUUUUUUACGAUAAAGUAUAAUAUUGAGCUUAUUUUCAAUUUUUGAUCCUAGCAUUUCAUAUUAGGUAAGACGUAAAACUUGGAAUAUGGAAGCGACAAAAUACAGGUAUGGGGCGAAUUAUAGACAUCUAGUGGUUUGUUCUACCAUGUACAGAUACAAAGAUAAUUUCAAAUAGCCGGGUAUUUAUAGUUGUUUCUAUUAAGUUGUCACUAAUAAUUUUCUAUUUGGUUUAUUCGUUGUAUACAGUAUUGGUUUUCGUAGGUCGUUGUCAUUAAUACGACGAUAUUUUGUACGACGUUAAUACGACGAAACCUAUCCUAUUACACUUUUUGCUAUCGACUUCGUGAGACAUCUGAUAUACCUCUUCGCAGAGCUAACGAUCUUUAAAAGCACCAUUUGAGAAGUUCAGAAAGCAAACUUUAGAUUUCUUCAAAAGUUGACAUUUGUUAGUGGGUGAUAGGAUAGGUCUCGUUUAAAUGAAUCACAGAUUUCAAAAAAGCGAUGCAAUUGAAAGAAAAUGUCGUUAUAGAUAUGAUUUACAAAAGAUAACUUAGCCUAGAUGUAGGUAUGCUAAAAAUAAAAAGACAUAAUGCCCACUCCAUGAUGUAUAAUUAACUUCCUCGGAGCGGCUCUUUUUUUAGUGGAUUUUUAAACGCAUCGCGCCCUUCCCUCUCCUGACGUUCACAAGAGGCAACCCAUUGAACGGGUCAUGUAUUCUGUCUGAGUCAUCCAUUCAAAUUUUAGCGGGCAACCGGUCCUGCUUCCUCCGCGCAAAAACUAAAUUGAGCCGAUUGUCUCACCUGCUGCCAACCAUCGCUACGGCUCGGCGAAACGGUUCGACGAUUUAAUUUUGUGAAUGUUAUUAGUUCGAAACGGGAAGAACUGUUGAUUUGCGAUGGAGCAGUCACCUCUGGGCACAACUGUGCUUGUCGAUGAGAUCGUCUCCGAUGCUCUGCAAAGGCUUCGAGCGGGCGAUAUCCUGCCUGAUGAGUCGUUGUCGUUUGCUCCUCGUGAGCCCAUUGCUCGAUCAACUUCCGUGACACAUCCGGCGGCUCACUGGGGUUACCGCUCAUAUACCGAUGAUAUAUUGAAGUCGUUUAUCGAUCGACCAUCUGGGUUUAGUGGCGCACCAAAUUUCUCUAAUGAUUCUAGGUUGAGAGAAGAGGGGGGACCCGACCCGCUGUCGGCAAGCGCAUCAUUAACCGCCCCAUUUAGCGUCAAUGGUAGCCGCACGGACGUGAGCAGGAAUCCGCUGAAGGAAAAUAGCGAUCCAUUCGAUAACUCGAUUUGUUCAAACCUCUUUAAUGAGCAGCAAAAUAGGCAUCAGCUGGACUCCUCUGAAGAAUUUGUGUCAGGCGAAAAGCUUUUAGACGAAUUCGAAGCUGACCAGAGACGAUGCCAAGAAGAAAACCUAUUCAAGGAUAGUCGUCCAGUGCCUUUUGAGUGCGCCUCUUUGGCUGUGUCGCCUGAAAAGGUUGUUCGAAAGCAAGUUCAACCUCCGGAAUGGACUGAAGCUUCUUACCGCGUUGACUCCGAAUCCUUCUUUACUGCCACUGGUCGAGAGUCAAGGAAUAGCAUACUUUCAGGAAAACAAUCUUCUAUAGCUUCCACAACAGAGACACUCAGCGCAAACAACAGCAUCACCGGCCACCAAAAGGGAUCAAGUUCUCCAGUUCCGGUAUAUGAUUGCGGUCUGCCAUACUUCCUUGGUGUUGUUCUUCCCGGCGUUGUAACACAUUUCAAUCUUCCUGCGCCGUUCUGUUCGGAGAUCAGUGUAAAGUCUUAUCUCAAUGGCCAGCCACUUGCUCUAUGUCACGUGUCACGAAAUUCGGAUCAGCGUAGCCUCCGAGUCUCGGUGCAACCUCCUCCGGAUACCUGUGGAAAUAUAUCAGUAAUCUUAGAAUUCAACUCUCAGUUAGUUAUCCAACUGGCUGCUUUGAGCAUGCUGCCAGUUCUAGCGCUUCCAGAUCAAAUUCUACUUGCUCCCAAUAUUCCUACGAAGGUUAACCUUCGAUCAACAAUUCGAUUCGCGCAGCCACUGCAAUUAAAUGUAGUUUCGACAAUGGUAACGUCGAAGGAAGUGAAACUUCUACCAGAUGACGGAAACUUGUCCUUGGAGGUAACAGCGAAGGAAAGCGACAAGGUGCUCGAUUUACAAUUGAUGAGUGACGGAAACACAGUAGCGUCAUUGCAAAAACAAGUCGCAGUUCGCUUCCCACAAAUCUCUCUUCGUGGAGAACAAGCACAAGAUGUUUGCAUCUUAGCUGUCAAGAAUGAGGAGCGGUUUCCGGUCGAGGUUAGGCUUAGCGAUGAUUUUGGUGGACUGUCGUAUUCGAAGGAGGUGCGCGUUCCUGAACGCCAGACAUUGCAGGUUACAGUACGAACCGAGACGGUUCGUUAUGGCCAGCCCGACCCUGUGGUAACUUUUAAUGCGGAAUUGCUCUCGCCUGUGCAGAUUCCCCUACCCUUGACAAAAUGUCGCGUUGCGUUGGUUCCUACAUUUGUAGACCUAAAACCUGAUCUUGCACGUUUCGUGUGGAUCGCAGAAAAAGAGCUAGUAUUUACAAUGUCGAAUAGCCAACGAAGUGUUAACCGAAAGCCUUCACCAUGGAAAAGCGUCGUCAGGAUAUCGCCCUGCAACUUUAUCUCGGAUUAUCUUCAGGUUUUGGAAGAACCAAGCGAUCCAACGAGGGUCUUGCUACGCGUUAAGCGCCCACCUCGUCUAAUCGUUGGAACCUUGCGCUUCUUCCGGUGCAACGAAGCAGUUCCAUAUGGACUUCGUUACCCAAUACUAGCACCAGAGCAGCCCUCGUUACUUUGGUACACUGCUUCAAACAAUGCGACGUCGCGAGUCUAUCAAAUGCCCCUUGAUGGAAAGCUUCGUGUCUCGAACGACGGUCGAUGUGCUGUGUUUGUGAUGGUCGUAGAUGGUGGCCAUCGAAAUGGGGAAAUCAUAGCACCAGGAGCAUCUACGCAGCUCACAGUUCGAGAGCCUUGUCGGAUUGUCUAUGGGCUGGAAUGCUGGCGUAUUUUAGUACGUUAUCGAACGGCGGCACACCGAGCGGAAAUCCAGGCGCAGAUACGCCAUACAAAUGCCCGUCCUGGACUCGAACCUGAGUAUUUAAUGAUUGAAUUUCGAAACGAGUCGAAUGAAUCUACAGUGGACAAGGGCGCCGCUGAUAAGCUUCCCGAUGAUGCACAGUCGCUCAUUCGACUUUACCAGCUCUUUAUGACUACCGUGGAGGAGAUUCACGUCCAAGGACCGGAGCCCGAGGCAAGCACGUUCUUUGCGGCAUGACCAUAAACGCGCUGCUGUCAUCGUACGGAGUUUGCUAGAAGAACAAAAAAAAAUAUCUGUAUAUACAGACAGUUGGAAAAUGAAUCUGGCAUCAGAAGUUAUUUUAGAAAACAGCUUAAGGAGGGUUCAAUGGGUCACUCCAUGGAAUGGUCGCUUUGUAUAGUGUCUGUUGUCCCGCGAUUGAACCAAACUGUUGAUAGCUAGUCCACUCAACUUUAACUGAAUAUAGCACAUUGACAAUGAAAGCGCCAUAUUGAGGCAUUGUAAAUAUGACAUUGAAUGAGAAAUCGUCACUCGAUAUGGUUUAGCUAUCGAGGGUCAUAUUUUAGCAGUCGAAUAGAAUAUGCUAUUAUAAUAAAUGUUUACCAUCUAUUUAUUUAUCAACUGAGUGUUUAAUUAAGCUAUAUAAGAAAUAUUAUUGAUCAUAAAUGUACAUGUAAAACCAAGUGUGCAAAUCCAACUUUGCACUUCACCUGAGAAAUACAACCCUUCUUUCACACUUUCCACGUUUACUAAAAAUGUUUGUAACAAAAACCUAAAAACAUACUCUAGUUUGUUCUACAACAGGCUCUAAAAUCUUCGUGCAGCU